AUUUAAUAUUACACAUGAUUGUGAAAUGCCUGUUAAGACAGACAUUGCACUUUGAGACACCUGUAUAACAUCAACCAAAAAAUAUUGGAUUCUCCACGUUUUGAGACACCAGUACUAAGAAGCCAGGCAACUAACAAUCUACAACAAUUUACUAGAUAUCAGAAAAAUGGCUUUUUUUCAAGACUCGAAAAUGCUGACAGAGCGUAGUAGGCUCAUCAAGGGGAGAUUGUUCACCACAGUCUCAACUCAUCUUGACUGCAUUGAAAACAUGGACAACUACAAAAUGCGGGAAGACGAUGUUGUGCUUAGUUCAUAUCCCAGAUCUGGCACCCACUGGAGCAUUGCUAUGGUGAACUUGGUGAUGACCAAUGGGGACAUAGAUGCUGUCAAAGAUGUCCAUAUACACGACAGAAGUAUCUGGAUGGAGUUUUCAAAACCUGCUAUAAAAGGAAAAGUGGAUGCCCUUGCAGGUGAAUGGGGGCCAAACCCCAUGGAAGAGGCCGAGAAAGAACCAUCACCAAGACUGUUUUCCACUCAUUUGGGUUAUGAUAUGCUUCCUGAAGAUGUGAGAAAGGCCAAAUGUAAGGUAAUAAUCGUUCUCAGGAACCCCAAAUCUGUGCUAGCGAGUUUCCACAAGUUAAACCAGUCAUCCGCAAAUGAUAUGUUUUAUGAGAAAAAACCUGAUGCAGAAUUAUUGCUAAAAUAUCAACUAACAGAUGACAUAGCCAAUUUUCCAUUUGGGCCAUGGAUAGAUGCAGUGGAGAAAUGGUGGGUGAACAGGGAAAGUUUGGGAAACAAAAUAUUGUUCAUAAGAUUUGAAGACAUGAAGCAGGAUAUGCCGAAGGUCAUAAAAGAUGUGGCCGAAUUCCUUGGAAAAGACAUCCCUGAUGAGACAAUAGGCCAGAUGGCGGAACAUCUUAAAUUCUCAAACAUGAGCCAGAACCCAGCAACUAAUGACGUCUUCAAGGCUGGACGGGAGUCUCUAAACAUGAAAGAUGAUUCUUUGCAACAUAUGGGAAAAGGUACGAGUGAUGGAUGGAAAGAUACAUUUACAGUUGCCCAAAAUGAACGCAUGAAUGAAUACUACGGGGAGAAAUUGCGAAAAAUAGGAUUGGAUAUGAGCUUGGAAUAGUGAAAUAGGAUA